AUGACUAUGCUGCACAAAGUCAUGGCUCUGAAGUGUGAUACGGAACUUUUACACUACCUCCGCCGCAUCAAGCAGGUCUGGUCCGAUCUUGUAUGUGGCAAUAAGGCUGCUAUGGGGAAGAUUGAUCAAGCGACAGUGAAGGCUUUAGAGCUGAAGGCACCACGAGUGUCGACAGCGGACGCGGAGUUCCUCCGCAUUCGAGUGCGCGGGGGGGAGGUUUUCAGCGCUUUUGACGACAGCGAGCGCGACAAUAUCUGGAGCCGCCUAAAGUGUGUUGAGGGCCUAAUUCCAUCUCUCGCGACCUUCUUCAAAGACAUCGGGUACUUGGAGCACCUCACCAACUGCGCCAAGCAGCUAAUGGGCGACAAUGUCCAGAUCUCUCAUGCCUUCAAGCAACUAUUCUCCCCUGUUAAUCAAGAGGACGGCCGCGUUCAGAUCAUGGAUGGCCAGGCUAAGAUUCAGGUCGCCGAGAAUGCGUUUGUGUACGAGCAGGGGACACGCGGAGACCAAGUCGAUCUCAGGUACCAGCAGAUCAUUGCGUAUGCCAUGCGGCACUUCGCGGAUAUGCCAAAGGAACCAGUGAAGGAGGGCCGCAUGAUGCAGCCUGCAGCGAUGGCCGUCCUCCGCCGCUUUGCUGACUUGGCAGACCAGCUGGGGUUUACCAGUACCAGGAUAAAGCAUUUACAGCAGUAUCCAGCUGCACGUGCCGAGCAAACCCCACCAUCGGACAUCCUCCCCUCGUUACGUCAGGAUCCAGAGCCGAAAUUCAACGAGGACCGGAAAUUUUGGUUUAUCAAUCACCUCCAUGAUGAGAGUGACCAGCAAGGCAAAGGCAUCACGAACUUCUUCGUCCGAAAACAAGUUUAUCUCGCCUUCUUUGGCUGGCCAACCUGGCGGCCUACUGGCCAGGGUGGUAGCCAUGGCAGCUCUCCAUCUCUCUCUCCUGUUUUAGACUCCGAAGAUUUACCUCGAGGUCCAAGCGCUGAUGCUCAGCAGCACACGAUGACGGGGGCCUUUUUGUCCCAGAAGCUGGUCCAAGCCAAACCCAUGCGGAAGGAAUGGGUGGUGGUGGACAGCCAGCCUAUGAACAGCUCAACGCCAGCCGAGAAUGAAAGGUGGAAGCGGAAGCUUCUGGAACAUAAAAAGCAAAGGGAAGCGUGGCUGGAGAGGGAGAGGCUGGAGAAGAAGAGGCUGGAGAAGGAGAGGCUGGAGAGGGAGAGGCUGGAUAUGGAGAGGUUGGUGAGAGAGCGACUGGAGAGAGAGAUAGACAUAAACCUUGUCAGAUGGGAGGACGAUACUUGGAAAUACCUAACACCACUUGCAGUCGAUGCAGAGGAUCCGUCUAACAUCGAACGGUUGGUUAACGAUUACAUGACAAGAGGAAUCAGGGCUUUCAACACAUAUCUGCGAAUGAUGAGCCCCGCGGAAUGCUUUCAGGUAGUCAUCAAUAAUAGGACACACACAAUCCUCCUAAUCGCAGAACACGAGCUUGCUAUUGAUGAUAGGAUGCAUGAAUCUGCAAAGAAUCUCCAUGCGGAGGCAACGAAGAGAGUCAUUGGUUUGAAACGCAAGGCCACCGAAGAUCUGUCUCACACUUACCACGCAUGGAAGAUGGUUGUCUGCACCGAUUGGAAUGAGCUACCGUAA